AUGGCUUCGAUUGCUCGCUGCUGGAGGCUCGCCGCCCGGUCUCCGAUUCUGGCGGCCCGUGUAGCACGGCCGAUGACAGCUUUCCGGCCUGCUGGCCAGGUGACCGGUCGGAGCUUCUCUGUCACGGCACAAGUGGCCCUGCGGAAGUACACCAAAGACCACGAGUGGAUCGACCUGAACGCUGACCAAAGCUCUGGCGUGAUCGGCAUCUCCGAGUACGCGGCCGAGGCGUUGGGCGACGUCGUCUACGUUGAGCUACCAGAAGAGGGCAAGGAGGUCGGUCAGGGCGAUGCUAUCGGUGCGGUCGAGUCGGUCAAGUCGGCUGCCGACAUAAACGCGCCGAUCUCUUGCAAGAUCACGCACAUCAACCACAGCCUCGAGGAGAAGCCGGGCACUAUCAACCAGGUCCCCGAGGACGAUUCGGCCGGUGGCGGCUGGAUUGCCCGCGUGCAGGUUGACGCCCAGGGCGUUAAGGACUUGGAGACGCUGAUGGGCGCCGAGGAGUACAAACUGUACACCGCGACGGUUGAGGAUCACUAG